GAGGGGGCAAAACACACAUCUGAGGCCACCAUCAAGGCCAUAGCCUUCAGGCGUGAUGGCUCAAGUGACCUCUGCAUGCCACCAGAUGAGUUGGGCCGAGGUGGAGGUCUGCCAUCAAAUGCCCACGCCUACAUACAAUAUGUGCCAGGUGCUGCCUCCAUGCCUUAGUGCUCAAUCAGCCCCGACGGUCAUAUAGCCACUGAGCACCCAACAAGCACUUGACGUCCCCCCAAACUUAGUGGGCCACUGCCUAGCAGCAACAAGGGUCCUGAUUGGCAUGGAGUGCCACACUAAAGGAAGAAACUCCAUGGAAAUUAGAAUCUAAAAUAUUGGAAAGGGUGGCACACUGAUUAGCUCACUGCAAUGCCAAGACUCGAGUUCAGUUCCUGCAUGGUCUUAAGACGUUCUGUCGUGUGCCAGUGUGCGGGCCAUUGGGGUGUCCAACCCAGGGUGGGCUUUGGGAGUGCGCGUCUACAGACGGGUGUUUCAACGUGUGCGCCAGCGGUGAGUGUAACUGAAGAGUGUGCGCGCUCCCUGCUGGGUGACUUGAUGGGUGUGACGGGCUCGUUAGCGCCCCCUGCACGCACGCUCGAUCCCGCCUCGGAGGGGGGUGUCCGUGAGCGCGCAUGCCUGCCCAACUCGGAAAACAUCACAAGGCGUCAGUGCGGUGCGAGUGUGUCCGUCGGUCCACAGUGCUGGAGUGAGCAGGUUAGACCCCCGCCGCUAAAUGGGGUCUCUUCCAUCCACAGUCACGAUUGCAGGACCCUUGUGCUGUGCGUGCGCUCCGUGUCUCCAGUCCACCGAGUGAAUGCGCCGCUAAAGAAGAAGUGCGCCCUGCGGGGGGCACGCGUUGCCAGGCUGACAUCACCGCACAUCGCUGACUUUUCUUUUCUUUUCUUUUCUUUUCAUUUUUAUUUAUUUUUUUUUUUCUCAGUUCCGAGGAGCGCUAAUGCGCCGGCGGCACGCCGCCAGUGGAGCGCAGGAGGCUGCGCACGCCCCUCGUCUGCUCUGCUCUGCUCGGCUCUCCUCGGAGCCCGACGGAUAUUUUUGGCAGGUGAUUCCCUGGAGCGGACGAGCCGCCCCGAGUCGCGAGUCUCAGAGGAGGACACCUUGUCGAUCUCUUAACGGCGAAGUCGCCACAACUCCAGGGCAGCCCCUUCUCGUCUGACGGGGCAGGAAACGUACAGGACGCACUGCGUGGGACGACCGCAGUGGCAGGAGCUGCGCGGUUCUCUUCGUCCCCCCCGGACUUUUUUAAGGGCAGGAGCCUCGUGAAAGUUCGGCGAAGCCGGACAGGAGGCGGGAGGAGAGGCAGGAGUGUCGCCGAGAGGAGCCCCCCGCGCUGGACGAAGAGCACAGCCCUGCGCGUCCCGGACCCCGGGAUCAGAAACAAGACCUUCGGCUGCUGCUAACGGACGGCUGCAGGGCCAGAUGGGCUUAUCUCACCUCCAUGCUGCUUUGUUCAUUGGCUCACCCAUGGGCACCUCAUGAUGCUAGCCCUUCAGUUCCAGAACAUGUCUAUGAAUCCAGACGGCGCCUUCAAUGCCAGUGUUCUGGGCGAGCAUGGGAAUGGCACCGUGGAAGGAGAUGAGCUGGAAAGCAAAGCGCCAGUCCUGACUCAGCCAGUGGUCGCCUCUUCUGCCUCACCCGCCAUCCCGGGCUUAUCAAUGACACUGGGGGCAAUGUCCAACAUCAUCGCCCUGGUCAUCCUGGCGAAGUCCUACGCCCGUUUCCGUCGACGGUCCAAGGCCACGUUCCUACUCUUUGCCAGCAGCCUGGUUGUGACGGACUUUGCAGGUCACGUUAUUCCUGGAGCCUUCGUACUGCGACUGUAUGCUGUGGGCAUGAAGUGGCAUGCCAUUGACCAUUCGGGAGCGCUGUGCCAGCUGCUGGGUGCCUGCAUGGUAUUUUUUGGCUUGUGUCCCCUAUUCCUGGGAUGUGCGAUGGCCAUCGAGCGCUGUGUGGGGGUGACACGUCCCCUCCUGCACUCAGCCCUAGUGACUUCAACUCGGACUAAAUUGACCCUGGCAUCGAUCUGGCUGUUUGCCUUGUGUAUUGCCCUGCUGCCCACAUUGAACUUUGGCAAGUACACAACACAGUACCCUGAGACCUGGUGCUUCAUUGGCGUUCACGGGCACACGCGGGUCUCUGAUGUCGCCUUUGGACUGCUCUUCUCCCUGCUGGGGCUGGCUUCCCUGGCAGCUGCCCUGCUGUGCAACACGAUAAGUGGCAUCACACUGGUGUCUGCCCGUCUCCGUAAGCGUGUCUGUAACCGAAGAGCCAAGUCCCACGACAUUGAGAUGGUGGUACAGCUCCUGGGCAUUAUGGUGGUAUCAUGCAUCUGCUGGAGUCCCAUUCUGAUCUUUGUGGCGAUGUCAGUGACCAAGUCGUACGGUGACACCGACUACAAUGUCCAGCACUACAGGUGGCUCAUGUUUCUGGGUGUCCGACUGGCCUCCUGGAAUCAGAUCCUUGACCCCUGGGUCUACAUCCUGCUGCGGCGGGCCGUGCUGAAGAAGAUCUACCAGAUCGUCAUGCGGCAGAGGGACCUGGCGGGCAGCAAGCUGGGCCGCUGGGAAGUCAGCUCUUUCCAGAGCUCCGAGAGGACGGUGAUGAACAGGGUCUGAGCCGCUGCCUGGCACAUAGACCACCCGGCUGUGAAGGAAUGCGGUGCCUCACCGGGCAUCAUGGUGGCCGAGAUCAGACGUGUAACCCUGCGGCGGCAGCAGGCCUCGCCAGGUCUCGGCAUUGUCAAGCGUGGCGAACUCUGAAGGGGGCGCCAAUGAGCGCCAGCGCUGCUGCUGCUUGUGUGGGCACGGCUUUGGGCUCCUCGAUAACGGGCAUUAUGAAGGAAGGAGCCACACGAGUUGGUCAGCCACCCUGUGGCAAGAACUCAAGUUCGCCCACUCGAGUUUGUCUCAGGAACUGGGAAACGAAACCUGCAUGUAAAUACGAGCAAGAAUAUACAUUUGUAAAAUAAAUACUAAUAAAGCUAAUUUAACACUUUUUAAAAAGACGCAAGAAACUUGGACAAAGGGUCACUUUCU